CUCUGUGCCGAGGCUGUCCUGACAAGUGAAGUGAGAGUCUGACUGAAGCUGGAAGGAUGGAGCACAGCCUGGGCAGGAGGCCCCUGGAGGUGAAAUGGACCUUCCUCUUGGCGGUCACUUUGCUUCUGCCAGGAGUGACAUCUAGAGCCCUUGACUCAGAUGCCAUAACACUCCCCAGUGUGGAUUUAACUAAGCCUGAUGAUACCGUGGAAGAUCAUGAUUCUGAGGUACUGACUUAUGCCAGACGAGACAUCAACAAGACAGAAAUCACUGACUUGGAAGGUUCUCCAGUGGUUAAUAAUAGAACAGAAACAGAUGACGAAAAAGAUGAAGAUGAGGCUCUUGCCUUAUUUAGCCUUAUUGUCAAGAGAGCUAUUGAGGAAGAAGAAGACCAAGGAGACAUGGAUGACAGCGAGGCGGGCAAACCGGAAACAAGUUCAGUUGAUGAAGAUAAAUUUUCCAUUUCUGAUUUGCCCAAACUCUUAAAGCCCUUGAUAGAUGCCUUUUCUGACUCAUCAACUUCUGAAGCUCCCUCGAAAGAUGAUUUUUUGUCCUGGUUUCCUAGCCUAAAAGACCUCUUUGAGCCCACCAAGCCUAGCGGAAAUGAGGCGACAAACGGCGCUGCUCGAGCAGGAAGACGGUCCAGCUUUUCUACUGCCUGGGAGCCUUCUCCGCAAGCAUCUCCUUCCUCUGCACGGCCACCAGAACCUGAGAUCCUUCCCUCCUCUGAGCUCGAUGACUUGAUUGCUACUGCUCCAACCAUAACUAGGCCUCCUACAACCAUAACAAAAAAAAACCCAGUACCCAUUUCUAAACGCCCCAUAACAAUCCAUCCCCCAGAUGACUCAGAUUCUGAAGAGGAUUCAGAGAUGGAUUCUUAAGCAGGAACUCUUCUCGAAGAGUGGCAGUUAAAGCAGGGGGGCCAUGGGGGCGUCUUUGUCCCUCCCUGUAUUUUAGAUGACUCCUUCCACUUUCGGUUGGAGUCAUUAAGAGGUAUAAAAAAUAAUCACACCACAAACACUUUUUAAAAAACAUCCAGAUUUCCCACAGUCUAAUCUUUAAUAUAUCUAAGAAGAGAUCUUUGAACCUUGCUGUGACUCUGCACUCUCCUCAAUCCAAAAUGGCAUCCAAGUGCGGAAAUCCAGUCAAAUGAAGCCAGGUUUGAGGGGUUCUGUUCCUAAUUCUGAUCGGAUUUUAAAUGGCGGGAAGAAGGAUAAAAUAGAAAAAAUCAAGGGUUUUUUCUUGCCAUUUGAGGUUGAGAGGUGUAGUGGGCUAGUUUGGUGAAUAGAAAGUAAAAAUUUCAUUGACAUGAUCCCCUAGCAUGAUCACCAGCUCUGACCAUAAUAGUUUGUGGAUAUAGAACAUUUGACUUCUUGGUCAUUGUUUGUUUGAUUUUUUGUAAAUAAAGGGACUUCACUUUCAAUAAAAGUUAUAAAACAUAAAAA